GCGUUGCACUGCAACCUUCUACCUCUCCUCCAGAUGUUGAAUUUAGAAAGCAUUAAGAUGUUAUCAGGAGGGCCCUUACCUGUGCUCCCUAACCUUAACGGUUUGAGUAUUAAUGGAAUUCCUGAGCAAACGUCACUACCUGGUGAUUGGUUGGGACAACUAAGAGCCCUCCAAACUCUGGAGAUCUCCUAUUGUCCUCAGUUGAAGUCUAUACCAGAUGAGUUGGGACAACUCAAAGCCCUCCAAACUCUGGUUAUCUCCCGUUGUCUACAGUUGGAGUCUCUACCAAAGGAGUUGGGAAAACUCAAAGCCCUCCAAACUCUGAAGAUCGCUCAUUGUCUGAAGUUGGAGUCUCUACCAGAGGAGUUGGGAAAACUCAAAGCUCUCCAAACUCUGGAGAUCUUUGGUUGUCGACAGUUGAAGUCUCUACCAGAGAAGUUGGGACAACACAAAGCCCUCCAAACUCUGGUUAUCUCCAUUUGUCAACAGUUGGAGUCUCUACCAGAGGAGUUGGGACAACUCAAAGCCCUCCAAAAUUUGCAGAUCUGGUAUUGUCCACAGUUGAAGUCUCUACCUGAGGAGUUGGGACAACUCAAAGCUCUCCAAACUAUGAAGAUAGAGAGAUGUCCACAGUUGGAGUCUCUACCAGAGGAGUUAGGACAACUCAAAGUCCUCCAAACUCUGGAGAUCAAUGAUUGUCCACAGUUGAAGUCUCUACCAGAGUUGCAACACCUCACAAUGCUUCAACGAUUGAAGAUCAUAGACUGUCCACUCUUAAAAGAGGGCCUCCAAGAUGGAGGAGAAGAUCGUCACAAGAUUGCCCACAUCCCGAAUAACACUAUUUAUUCAUUUGAAUGAUCCACUCCAAUACGAGGAGAGGUGGAGAGGAAAUCAACAACAGCUUUUCAUUUGGUUUUGUUUCAAGGAAUUGUGUACUUUUUAUUUAUUUAUUUAUUCAUUUAAUUUUUUUUCAAUAGACUUACUUUUAAUACAUGUCAAUCUAUAAUCUAUCUAGGAAGACUAGUUUGCUGGGUUGUUGCCUUGUUUUGCCAAUAAACACAAGUUGUUUGUUUUGGAGGUCAGGUUCUUUGCCCCCCUCCAUCUCAUGUAAUUUUUUCUUUCUAAUAAAGCUUGCAUU